AUGUUCAUCUUUGCGCUCGUCCAUCUACUUUUCGCACCCACCAGCUAUGCAGCGCUGUAUGGGUUCCCCGAUUGCACUAAUGGUCCCUUGAAGAAUAAUAUCGUCUGCGAUACGGCCAAAAGUCCCAGGGAGCGGGCGCAGGCCGUCGUAAGCCUGUUCACCAUUGACGAACUCAUCAACAGAACUGCCAACGAAAACCCAGAGAUACCUCGGUUGGGUCUUUCUGGUUAUAAUUGGUGGUCUGAGGCCCUCCAUGGCGUCGCUACCAGCCCUGGUGUAACCUUCGCCCCUUCCGGCAACUUCAGCUUUGCCACAUCGUUCCCUCAGCCCAUACUCCUGGGCGCUGCAUUCGACGAUGCGCUGGUCAAGGAGGUAGCCACCGUGAUCAGCACGGAAACCCGGGCGUUCAACAACUUCGGGUUUGCCGGUCUCGAUUACUUCACUCCGAAUAUCAACCCAUUCAAAGACCCUCGUUGGGGGCGCGGUCAAGAGACGCCUGGCGAAGAUCCCUUCCACAUAUCGCAAUACGUCCUCCAGCUGAUUAACGGCCUGCAAGGCGGUAUUGAUCCCCCACAGUUUAAAAUCGUCGCGAGCUGCAAACAUCUUGCAGCAUACGAUCUCGAGCUCUGGCAAGGCAUCGCGCGCUUCUCUUUUGACGCCAUCGUGACCACCCAGGACAUGUCCGAGUUCUACCUCCCCCCAUUCCAGAGCUGCGUCAGAGACGCCAAAGUCGCAUCGGUGAUGUGCAGUUACAACGAGAUCAACGGGGUCCCAUCGUGCGCUAAUUCGUGGCUACUGCAAGACUUGUUGCGGGGCGAGUGGGGGUUCGAUGACAACCGUUGGGUGACAGCCGACUGCGAUGCUGUCGACAACAUAUGGAGAACACACCAUUUCACAUCUACGCCCGAAGAAGCUGCAGCCAUUGCGCUCAAAGCAGGUACAGAUGUUGGUUGUGCUCGCAAUGGAACGGCCUUCGCGAGGGACUUGCCGGCUGCUUUCAAUCAAUCAAUGAUCACCAGAGCCGAUCUAGAGGAAGCAGUCGUGAAGCUUUAUACUUCCCUUGUCCGCCUUGGAUAUUUUGAUUCUCCAGAGACACAACCAUUUCGACAGAUUGAUUGGUCGGACGUCAAUGUCCCGAGCACCCAAGCUCUUGCACAUAGAGCGGCGGUGGAAGGAGUAGUUCUUCUUAAAAACGACGGAAUCCUCCCGCUUGACCGCAAAUUCAAGCGUGUUGCGUUGGUAGGACCAUGGGCAAAUGCUACCGUGCAGAUGCAAGGCAAUUACCAUGGCAUCGCUCCAUUCCUCAUAAGCCCUCUACAAGGAGCCAUCGACGCAGGCUAUGAAGCCAUCUUCGAAUUCGGAACUGCAGUGACGGGGAACACUACGGAUGGAUUCUCCGCUGCGACAGCAGCGGCUCAAAGUGCCGACUUGGUUAUCUUUGCGGGAGGUAUUGAUGAAUUAUCCAUAGAAAGAGAGGGCCAAGAUCGUACGGAGAUCACAUGGCCUGGGAACCAGCUCGAGCUUCUUACAGAGUUAGAACGAGCAGGCAAGCCGAUCGUUGUCCUACAAUUUGGAGGCGGGCAGGUCGACGAUAGUGCGUUAAAAAGCAAUCGGAAGAUCAACGCGAUAGUAUGGGGAGGAUAUCCCGGACAAAGUGGAGGAACUGCACUGUUUGACAUCCUCACGGGAAAGGCGGCACCCGCAGGACGUUUACCCGUCACCCAAUAUCCUGCCGAAUACGUGAACCAGGUCCCUAUGACUGACAUGUCACUGCGCCCGUCUGCAAACAAUCCAGGACGAACCUACCAAUGGUACACCGGUACACCUGUCUUCGACUUCGGCCAUGGAUUGCAUUUUACCACGUUCUCUUUGAUGUGGCAGAAGAGACCUCAAGCGCGUUACAGCAUCUCGGACUUCGUAUCCAGUAUUCGCCGCUCAAAGACACCAGAUUUACUCACAUUUGACACACUCGAAGUGGUUGUCCAUAAUACGGGCAAGGUCAAGUCCGACUUCGUCACUAUGCUAUUUGUGAGUGGCAACGCUGGACCAGUGCCCCGACCCAACAGAAGGCUGGUUUCCUAUGCACGAUUACAUGAUAUCGGGCCAAGAUCAUCUGCAAAAGCUCACCUGAAUAUAACGCUCGGUUCUUUGGCUCGCGCCGAUUCGCAGGGGAAUAUGUGGCUGUUUAAUGGUGUAUACAAAGUGGCUGUCGAUACUCCAGGCCAAUUAGUGCAUCAAUUCGAACUAGUGGGGAGUCCUGUCCAGAUCAGCCAUUUCCCGCAGAAUCCGAGUACAUAG